AUGACUGGUGAGACAACGAGGGGCAGGGGGCCCCUGGAGGGUACUCUGUGCCCAACAGAGUCCGACCAGAGGCCCCCGCACAUAGCCUUUCCCGCAAGAGCAGCACGGCAUCCAGCAGUGGUGACACAUAUGGCGUCGCUGGAAGCCUCGGAAGCAUCGCGAUCGGCUGCAGUUUCGGGAGGAGAAGCGCUACUUUCCUCUCGUACUUCCAGCCUAUGCCGCUUCCACCGUGCCAAGGGCCUCUUGUGCGCUGCUCGUACACUCGGCUCUUGUUUGCACACAUUCCUCCAGAGAGCAGCGGCAGCACCUCCUCCCACCAGGAAUACGAACAGGGUGUUUAUUAGAGCCUUCCUGCUUGCGGUGCUGAGCGUUCUCCUGCUCUCGGGAGGGGAUGUGUCGCAAUCCGCCCAUGCUCUGGCUCCCUCGAAAAGGCACUCAGAGCAGCCAAGGCAGCGAUUUAGAGGCAUUCUGCAGCCGCAAGGCAAGCGCAUCUCCCUAGCAGCGCUUUCAGCGAAGGCAAGCGCCGCGAAAGGAGGUGAAGCUGCUGCAGCAUUCGCCGAGUCAAGACAGGCAGCGCUGGCAGACAGGGAGGUCUUUCGCCACAGCUGGGACGAGCCUACCAACGUUUUGCAUGCAGAUGUGGACAGUGCUCAAGAAGAGCAGCCACCGAGGCAGCACGAAGAGGCGAACGAUGACGCGAAGGAGAGCGUCACGGCCUACUUCACGACUUCUCCGCUGCACAGUGGAUCGGCUGAGCUCUGGAAUGCCACACCAGCCGCCUCAGCCCUCGAGCUUAGUUUAGAAGUCUCUUCUCCCGCAUUGUUCUCUGGCCAGGCCGGAGCUGCUUCCGUGGAUAUGAUGCCUGACACGGAGGAGCAGAUAGCGAUGCUUCCUAAUUGUUUAUUCUACGUAUCCUACCCGGGCACUUGCAUUCCUGAGACGGCGCACUCACCAUGCAGGUACUGCAGAGCCAAGCAAUUUUCAGGCCAGUACGGAGGUGCUCAGUGUCCGAGUGUAUUCUCCUUCCCCACUGAGUUGCAGGCGAUGUUUCGCUGGCGCAUAACACCCGUGAAGGUUGCACAAAAAGACGGCUACAUAGAUGAGCAUAUUUGCGUGGUGGAGAAGGUUCCUGGUGCGAUGCCUCUAUCUCCCGAGCUCUUGCCCUUUAUCGAACAACGAGCAAGGGGCGAGAAGGAUCUUACGCUACUUUGGGUGGUUCUUGGUAUUGGAGUCGUUGCCGCACUGUUGGGUGUUGCUAUUUGCGUUAUUCCUUUGGUGGGCGUCGAAAGUCAGGCACCCAGUGUAACAUCUUUUCGUCAACCUAUUCAAUUUGUUUUCCCUUCCCAGGAAGUAGCUGUGGCCCUUCUAGAACUAGAGGGGCUACCUCUGUGGAAGCUACAAGCAGAAGUGCUGGGCACCGCAAAAAAAGCUCCGCCUCUUUUCUUAAGGCCUGCACCCCUGUGCUUACAGGCUACCAUACGUCCACAAGAGUGGACCUCAAAAGUAGCUACCACUAAAUGGAGUAAUCGUGCUAGAAGGUUAGUAACCAAGUUUCCACCGCUAUCGCAGGUGGCAUCUGCAGACCGCAAUCAAGCCAUCAAAAAUGAUCAGGGGUCGAAAUCGCUAAUUACCUCCAACUGUUGGGAAAGAAGAGCUAGAGGAAAAGAAGUCGUAGGCGGGAGAGUCCGACUCCCUUUGAAGGGUGCGCCUUGCGGCAAGAAGGAGCGAACGAAGAGCGAAUACGGACAGAAGACAAGUUUGCGAAUCAGUUUUCGCAGUGGAACAAGGGGAAAAUUCCGCUUAAAUGGUGUCCUUGUGCUUAUUAUUGCUGGGUUUCUUCCCGCGCACCCAGUGCAUUCCACUAGCUGCAGUGAAGCUCAAGAACUUCGAAUGCACACUCAUGUUUGA